AUGCAACAAUACGGAAUAGAGUGGUUCGAUGUCCUCCUGGCGCAGAACCCCCGAUGGGUGCGCGGGACAGCGACGACGCAGACGAUAAUCCAAGCAGCCAACCAGACCGGAGCGGUGACGUUUACCUCGUUCGCCAGGUUCGGCCAUAUCUCCGGGGUCAAGGCCACGUUCCCAACCAAGGCACAGUUCGUCACGUGGGCCCAGAGGGGGGCCAUCCUCAAGAACUUGUUGCACCUGGAGGCGGCCAAGCUGCUGCACGUUUGCAUGCUGAUGCCAGAGCAGCAGCAGGCCUUGGGCUGUCCAGUGCGGCAUGAUGUGCCCCUGGCAGAUGACUUUCCUCUGCCACCACUGGACAAGAUGCUGUCGACCACCGCGGCGGCGUUUGGGCUGUGGAUGGCAGACCGGAGCCGGAUCGAGAGACUGCGAUUCUUCUUCGAGGAACGUAUUGGUACUGCGCAGGGCUUGAGCUCGUUGGUAGAUGAUUUGUGA